AUGAACCCACUUUUUCAUGACGCCAAGGAAUCAAAUGGAAAGGUGAUUAACAUGAUUACUUCCCUUAAAUUAGAUUUCACUCUCCCCUGUCUGCAGGGGGAGCUGUUGAGCCCAUGCCGCUGCAACGGCUCCGUGCGCUGCACCCACCAGCCCUGUCUGAUUCGCUGGAUCAGUGAGAGAGGCUCCUGGAGCUGUGAGCUCUGCUACUUCAAGUACCAAGUCCUGGCCAUCAGCACCAAAAACCCGCUGCAGUGGCAGGCGAUUUCUCUGACGGUGAUUGAGAAGGUGCAGAUCGCCGCCAUUAUCCUGGGCUCACUCUUCCUCAUCGCCAGUAUCUCGUGGUUGGUGUGGUCUUCUCUCAGCCCGUCUGCCAAGUGGCAGCGCCAGGACCUGCUCUUCCAGAUCUGCUACGGCAUGUACGGCUUCAUGGACAUUGUGUGCAUAGGCUAUUCCUCCAAGUCCAGGGAAGAGAGUUCAGUUCUCGAAUCUCAUCUCAUGUAAAGCUCCAAUACAACAAGUUACCCGUCAUCUUCAGAUCAAGAGCGGGACGCACAGACUCCGCCUCCU